AUGACGCCAUUCGGCCCGUUAAGGCAACUGUACUCCUCGUCCAGGCUCUAUGCGCUUCUGCUCCAUUUCCUUGGAACACAUCCCCUGUCCUACAAGACUGCACAACCUCCAGCCCUCAGAACGACCUCAACUUACAAUCUCGCUCCCUUCUCUGUCCCCCAGCCCAAUUGUUACCAAACGAGGCCACUGUUUAUUUUUGUAUGUGUUAAAAGGAGGCUGCGUCGACGAACAAGGAGAGGUAACACUCUGCGCCACCUUUUGCCCAGUCGCUGCGCAUCAGCCUCUUGUACUGCGUAG